UAAUGGGAAAUCUAUCCAAACACUAGUGAUCCAAUACCAAGUGUACACGUGUAGUCAGCAUCUACAAAUUCAUUACAAAAGAUAUUGCGUUUGCCAGCUCAUGUGUGUCUCUCCUACAAUAACCAUUUGAUUUGAUCAGAGGUUCCAAAAACACACCAAGUGAAUUGACCAAAAUGGCCACAGCUGCCUCUACCAUGGCUAGCCAACUCAAGAGCAGUUUGGCAACUUCUUUCACAAGAGGGCUUGUUACCCCCAAGGGCAUUUCUGGUAAACCAUUUAGAGUCUUGCCUUCCUCUGGCAAAUCCACCUUCACCAUCAAGGCUGUUCAAAGUGAUAAGCCUACCUACCAAGUGAUUCAGCCUAUUAACGGUGACCCAUUCAUCGGAAGCCUCGAAACUCCAGUGACAUCAAGCCCAUUGAUCGCCUGGUACCUUUCAAACCUUCCUGGAUACCGCACCGCAGUCAACCCAUUGCUACGUGGUGUUGAGGUUGGGCUAGCUCAUGGGUUCUUUCUAGUGGGCCCAUUUGUGAAAGCCGGCCCAUUGAGGAACACCGAGUAUGCUGGGGCAGCUGGAUCACUAGCCGCAGGUGGACUAGUGGUGAUUCUAAGCAUUUGCUUGACAAUGUAUGGGAUCGCAUCGUUUAAAGAGGGCGAGCCAUCGAUUGCACCAUCGUUGACCUUGACUGGUAGGAAGAAGGAGCCAGACCAACUUCAAACAGCCGAUGGUUGGGCCAAGUUCAGUGGUGGGUUCUUCUUUGGUGGGAUCUCUGGGGUUAUUUGGGCUUAUUUUCUUCUCUAUGUACUUGAUCUUCCUUACUAUGUUAAGUAAUUUGGGCCUCUCUAUAAAAGCUGGGUUUGCCAAGUGUGGAAAGUUGUAUAUUAAAGGGAUGGUCGUUUGAAAGACACUAAUUUUGAUGUUUUUAUAUAGAGUUAACUGCCAUUUUCGUC